CAUUCAGUAUUCAAAUACAAACAAGCGCAACAAGCAAAACUCGGUGGGAACACCAAACGAUCUACAAACUAAACGAAUUAGUUCUUUGUUAGAAAUUGUGGAAAGUAAUUUUAAAGUCAUAAUGCCAGCUGUAGGAAUUGAUCUUGGAACGACAUACUCGUGUGUUGGAGUUUGGCAACACGGAAAUGUGGAGAUCAUCGCUAACGACCAAGGCAACCGAACUACUCCAUCUUACGUCGCAUUCACAGACACUGAACGAUUAAUCGGUGAUGCUGCGAAGAACCAGGUUGCUCUUAACCCAAGUAACACUGUAUUCGACGCGAAACGACUUAUCGGCCGCAAGUUUGAUGACCCAAAGAUCCAGCAAGAUAUGCAACACUGGCCCUUCAAAGUUGUCAAUGACUGCAGCAAACCAAAGAUACAAGUCGAAUUUAAAGGAGAGACGAAAAGAUUCGCACCUGAGGAAAUCAGCAGCAUGGUGUUAACGAAGAUGAAAGAAACUGCAGAGGCGUAUUUGGGAUCAACGGUGCGAGAUGCAGUUAUCACCGUGCCAGCUUAUUUCAACGAUUCGCAACGACAGGCAACCAAAGAUGCAGGAGCCAUCGCUGGGCUUAAUGUCCUACGUAUCAUCAAUGAGCCUACUGCCGCUGCACUCGCGUACGGUCUUGACAAGAAUCUAAAAGGCGAACGCAACGUUCUAAUCUUCGAUCUGGGCGGCGGAACAUUCGACGUGUCCAUACUAACAAUCGAUGAGGGUUCGCUAUUUGAAGUAAAGGCAACCGCCGGCGACACGCACUUAGGUGGUGAAGAUUUUGACAACCGACUUGUAAACCACCUAGCAGAGGAAUUUAAACGAAAGUUUAGGAAGGAUAUCCGUAGCAACCCGAGAGCCCUUCGCCGCCUGCGCACAGCAGCCGAGCGAGCUAAGCGAACAUUGUCAUCGAGUACGGAGGCCACCAUAGAGAUAGACGCACUACAUGAAGGUAUCGAUUUCUACACGCGUGUUUCACGCGCCCGCUUUGAAGAACUGAACGCCGAUUUGUUCCGUGGCACUCUGGAACCAGUGGAGAAAGCACUCAAGGAUGCUAAACUUGACAAGAGCUCGAUUCACGACGUGGUUCUCGUGGGUGGUUCUACUCGCAUUCCAAAGAUUCAAAGUAUGCUUCAGAACUUCUUCUGCGGCAAAAAGUUGAACUUGUCUAUCAACCCCGAUGAAGCGGUAGCUUAUGGCGCUGCGGUACAAGCUGCAAUUCUUAGUGGUGAACAGCACAGUAAGAUCCAAGACGUUCUGCUAGUAGAUGUGGCGCCAUUAUCGCUCGGCAUCGAGACGGCAGGUGGAGUCAUGACGAAGAUAGUCGAACGGAACGCAAAGAUCCCGUGCAAGCAAUCGCAGACCUUCACCACCUACUCCGACAACCAACCAGCCGUUACCAUCCAAGUAUAUGAAGGAGAACGAGCUAUGACCAAGGAUAACAACCUCCUAGGCCGCUUCGACUUAACAGGCAUCCCACCUGCACCACGUGGGGUACCGAAGAUUGACGUGACCUUUAAUCUGGACGCCAACGGUAUCCUCAACGUAUCGGCCAAGGAAAAUAGCACUGGCCGUGAAAAGAAUAUCGUGAUCAAGAAUGACAAGGGCCGCCUGUCCCAGGCUGAGAUUGACCGCAUGUUGUCAGAGGCAGAGCAAUACAAGGAGGAGGACGAGCGUCAGCGCCAACGAGUGGCAGCGCGCAACCAGCUGGAGUCUUACGCAUUUAAUGUAAGACAAGCAUUGGACGAGGCGGGUGACAAGCUCAGCGAUCAAGACAAGGAGACAGCUCGGCGCGAGUGUGAUGAGGCACUGCGCUGGAUCGACAACAACACGCUCGCUGAGAAAGACGAGUUCGAGCACCGGCUGAAGGAGCUGCAGCGAGUGUGCGCGCCCGUCAUGAGCAAGAUGCACGGAGCUGGAGCUGGAGCUGGAGCUGGCGCGCAGCAACAACAGUACGCCCAGCGACCUCACUCGGGACCUACCGUUGAAGAAGUCGACUAA